AUGAUUCAGUUAUUGUUUGCUUUGAUUUUCGCCGAAACGGCGUUGAUCGUGAUCUUCGUGUUCAAGACGCCAUUCAGGAAGCUGGUGAUAAUGGGAAUAGAUCGGGUCAAGCGUGGCCGCGGCCCAAUCGUGGUGAAGACUGUAGCUGCUACAGUCUUCGUAGUGAUGAUGUCCAAUGUGUACAAUGUGGUGGCGAUCCACAGACAUUGGAUCGAAGAUGGUGACAUCAACCCCACAGAACAGAUUCUCUUGGCGAAGCACCUACUAGAAGCUUCGCUCAUGGGAUUUUCUCUCUUCCUUGCAUUCAUGAUUGACAAAUUACAUCAUUAUAUCCGAGAACUUAGCAUAAGGAGGAAGACUAUGGAAGCUGCAAAUAAACAAAACAGAGUUUUUGAAGAUGGUAAGACUCCAGUUUCUGAAGAAAUCAAAGCCUUGGAAGAAGAGAUUACCCCAUUGCGGGCAAGGAUCAAGCAGCUGCAGUCAGAACUUGAGGAAAAGACUGAAGAGGCUAACAAUGCAGAAGCCCAUGCUCUAGCUUUGAAAAAGCAAUCGGAGGGAUUUCUUAUGGAAUACGAUCGCUUGCUCGAGGAAAACCAGAACCUUCGAAACCAAUUACAAUCAUUGGAUCGGUAA